UUUAUUUAUUUAUGGGGUGUGUGGUCAAGCCUUUUCAACUAAUUCAACAGUAAUACACAUAGUAAUGCCAAUAUCUCUUCAAACAUCACUACCCCUUCAGUUCAAUGGAUUCCGUUUUCCAAAUUGCUGAGUUUCCAUUGAUAUAGCUUGGGUUAUACUUGAUCUUAUCUUUGUAUAUAUAUAGGGAACUUACUUUUUUGCUCUGAACUAUUUUGUGUUGUAUGGCUGAUUUAAUGAGAUUUUCUUUGAACUCUUUGGGUUUUUGUUCUUCUCCAAAUUCUUCAUUGUUAACCUCAUUCUCUUCAUCUUUGAAUUCUACCCAAACACCUAAUCAAAAGUUGCAUAAAAGGGGUGUUUCUUUUUCUGAUUCUCCUUCAACUUCUCUAGAAUUUGUUUCCAGAAUUGCCUUCACCCCCAACAAGCGAUUUCCUACUGUUAAGGCACACGCUACCGUUACUCGAACUGAGGAACCUAAAUGGUGGGAGAGAAAUGCAGGGCCUAACAUGCUUGACAUUCAUUCAACACAAGAAUUCUUGGAUGCUCUAAGUCAGGCCGGUGAUAGACUUGUUAUUGUAGAAUUUUAUGGAACAUGGUGUGCUUCCUGCAAAGCACUAUUUCCCAAGUUCUGCAGAACAGCCCAGGAGCACCCUGAAAUCAUGUUUCUGAAAGUCAAUUUUGAUGCAAACAAGUCAAUGUGCAAAGCUUUGAAUGUAAAAGUCCUCCCUUAUUUCCAUUUCUACCGCGGAGCUGAUGGACAACUAGAGUCCUUCUCUUGUUCACUGGCCAAAUUCCAGAAGAUAAAAGAUGCAAUCCAAUUACAUAAUACAGACCGCUGCAGUAUUGGCCCGCCAAUAGGAGUAGGAGACCUCACACUUGAACUCCUUUCGGGGACAAAGGAUGUAUCCGCUGCAGCUUCUACUUAGAUUUUCUUGUGUGUUUCAAUCUAUAAAUCAAUAGCUUUCAUUUGAGCAACCACGAAAGCUUUUACGAUGGUUUCUAUAUAUGGUCAUUUUCACUUUUUGGUUGCUACUACAAUUUCCACCACUAGUUAAUGAUGUAAUUAUAUGCUCCAUUCUUUGAUACCAUUAACACUUGCAGCUUAUAUAGGAUUGUUCAAUGGAUUUUUGUUCAUUAUGUAGAAAAAUUGAGUGGAAAGCAGUACUUCUUGUCA